AUGCGCGUGGGUCUUGGAUGCGGUCUCUCCAAGGGCGCGAUCUUUCACGAGCUGCUUGAUGACGCGGAGAUCCAGCUUGGGCGAAGCGCCAAGUCAUCGAGCGCAGAAUGGCAGGAGUGGGCUACCCCGACGUUUGCAAAAGGUGCUGGUGCUGCUCGUCGUUUUCUCGGAUGCAAAGGCUGCAAGAGUCGUUCCAGUUCGCUGGUGGCGCUGAAGGUGGCAUCCUCCUGCGGCAAGAUCGAUAUCGACAUGCGCAUGUUGAGUGCGUUCGACGUCGAGCUCGCUUGUGCCAGAGGAGCCCUGCGGGUCCGGCCGGGGGCCCUGCGCGUCAUCUGGCUGGGGCGCAGCGGAGCGCAGCCCGUGCACCCGUCGGUCGCCGGGCAGGCCAGGCUCCCCACCAAGACACAGCACCAGGGCGUCACCCCUGCCGCGGCGCUGCUCGGCGCCAUGGGCGUGCUGGCGUUGGCAUUCGCGUGCCCCACGGCGGAGAUCGUCGCCUGCGACGACGGCUCCGGAAGGCUGCUGCAGUACCUGCAGCGCCUCGGCUUCGACCGCGCCAGCGAGGAGCCGGACGCCGCGGCGGCGGGGACAGGACAGCCCGUCGCCGUGAGCAUGCGCGCCACCUGCAGCGCGCUCGUCGAGGGCUGCUGCCCGCCCGAGUGGGUACCCGAGCUGCCUGCGGCGGGUCAGUACAGCAUGUUCGCCUCCAUCUCGAGGUGA